AUGGGAGAUCGUUCAACUGAGCCCCCAAUAGAAACUAAACGAGCGAUUGAAAAGGAAGCUAAGGAAGGUCCAAUAGCUCCUAUUGAAACUUACUAUGAAUAUCUCGAUUUUGUCGAAGAUAGCAUCGGCAAAGAGCCGCGGCGAUUUAUUCCAAAUGAAAACAAUCGGCUGUGGCAAGCCGAGGGUGACCCAUAUCUUUACCCAGCAGCUUCGCUGAAUGAGGCGAUUACACGCGCAAAUCUUCCAUAUAGUCGCAAAAUGAAAGAAAAGCUAAAACACGGUAUGGAAUAUGAUCGUGGACUUAUAAUUUUUAAUAAACAUCAUUAUAAUUAUAUUUCCUACAACAUCAACAACGAUCCUCUGCUAAUUGGUGUUAUUCGCGAGCUGCGGACAACUACAGAAAUGCGGAUGCAAGAAGAAAAACGCCGCGCUCUAUCAUCUGCAGAAUCGGAAUCGAACUGCAGCAACUCAAGCUCAGACGACGACGAGAAAAACAAGACGCGAAUUACGUGUCCAAAUACUCCUGGUACUGAGAAAACAACAAAACAUGAAUAA